CUCAGGUGCAUAAGCCGGAAGUGCGCUCCUCUCCCAGGUGAGUGACUAAACUUUCCGGGUCACGUGAGCGGGAGGAGCUGGUGGAUUCCGACCGAGAGACCGAGGGACGCACCGAGGGUUCGAACGAGGGAAUCGGACGGGGAACCUGAGCGAGAUCGAAGACGCGCGGGCCAGGUGCCAGGUCGCAGGUACCCCCGGCCCGAGAUGCGGUAGGAACGGCGCCCGCGAAAAGUCCGGUACUUGGUGCCACCAGCCUGUCGCCCGACCCAUGGCGAGCCCCAGCCUGGGGCUGCUCCUAGCGCUCGGCCUGCCGCUGCUGCAGGCCCGCUGGGGCCGGGCCUGGGGGCAAACAUUGAUACCCACUGCAUAUGAGAACAGCACCAUUACCCCUGGCCCCAGCUCCAAUGGAGCCCUGUCUAAGGAGGCCAUCACUGCCAUCAUUGUGGUCUUCUCCCUCUUGGCCGCCCUGCUCCUGGCUGUGGGGCUUGUGCUGCUGGUGCGGAAACUGCGGGAGAAGCGGCAGACAGAAGGCACCUACCGGCCCAGCAGUGAGGAGCAGUUCUCCCACGCAGCCGAGGCCCGGGCUCCCCAGGACUCCAAGGAGACAGUGCAGGGCUGCCUGCCCAUCUAGUUCCCCUUCCUCUAUUCCAAAUCUCUCCCUGGCUGUGUGACUUUGGGAAAAGGCAGAUCCCUCUCUGGGCCAUCAAACCACUCAGCUCCGUACUUAAGAAUAGAAGGGACAAAGGUGCUUCAGAAACUGCCCCUGAGGGC